ACGCUGCAGCGGGGGACCAUGGCGGAACCGCUGAGGAAACGGGGUCGAGGUGCCCGGGGCGGUAGUGUGGGGCGCGGCGCUCGGGGGUCCCGUGGCGGCCGGGGGCGGCGUCCUUGCGCCCAGCACACCCCGGAUUCGGUGCUGGUGGAUUUGGUGAGCGACAGCGACGAGGACGUGCUGGAGGUGACGGCGGCCGCGGCCGCGGCCGAGACCGAGACCCCGGCUCCGACCCCCGAGCUGCGGGCGCCCGCCGUGUUCCGGCCCGACGGCGACAGCGACAGCGACGGCGACGGCGACGGUGCGGAGCGGAGGCUGCUGGUCCGGCGGCGGCGGCGCAGGCUGGACCCGCGGGAGGUCCCGGUGGUCCCGGUGUACUCCGGGAAGGUGGAAAGCAGCCUCCGCCUCCUCCCAGACCACCUAUCCCUCCUGAAACAGUGCCCCCCAAGCGAGGAGGAAGCGGAGGAGGAGGAAGACACAGAAAUGGUGGAUUCUAGUAGUCUCCACUCUGAGAAGUCCCCAUUGCCAGAGUCUCCCUGGAAGAAGAAGUUGCGGCAGAAGAAUAAGGACAAGGAGGAAGCAAUAUUACUGGUUCCUGACACUGCUCCUUUGACUCCGCCUCUGCCGAGGACCAAAAGCAGAAAACAUACUCAGGCACUGCAGAAGUUAAGGGAGGUGAACAGACGCCUCCAGGACCUCCGUUCCUGUCUGAGCCCCAAGCAGUGCCGGGACCAGAACCACUUGAGUCAAGAUGAUGAUGUAGUCCUAGUAGAGGGGCCCACGUCCUCAGAGAGCCCCCGACUCUUCCCGCUUAAAAUCCGUUGCCGGGCUGAUCUGAUAAAGUUGCCUGUCAGAGUGUCGGAGCCCUUACAGAGUGUGGUGGACCACAUGGCCACCCAUCUCGGGGUGUCCCCAAGCAGGAUCCUCUUGCUCUUUGGAGAGACAGAGCUGUCCCCUACAGCUACCCCCAGGACCCUAAAACUUGGAGUGGCUGAUAUCAUUGACUGUGUGGUGCUAACAAGUUCUCCGGAGUCUGCACACUCAUCCCAACAACUGCAGUUGCGGGUGCAGGGCAAAGAGAAGCACCAGAUGCUGGAAAUCUCGCUGUCCCCGGACUCUCCUCUCAAGACCCUCAUGUGCCGCUAUCAGGAGGCCAUGGGCCUCUCGGGCCAUAAACUCUCCUUCUUCUUUGAUGGGACAAAGCUUUCAGGCAAGGAGCUGCCAGCUGAUCUGGGCAUGGAAUCUGGAGACCUUAUUGAGGUCUGGGGCUGAAACACCCCUGUUUGCAAGUCUUGCCUGGAUUUGAGAACAGUUGCCCUGGUCUCACCCCAAAAGGGCUAAUUGGAGCUGAUAUAGAACUAACCUUUAAGUAUAGAAGCAAAAUCUUUGACCCCCUUUUCUACUGACUUUUGUUUCAAGCCAGCUGC